AUGGCUGCGACAAACCCCUGCAAGGACUGUCUCAAACGAGAGGAAGCAGCGCAAGCAAGACAGAAGAUUCAAGAGAUUCUAAUCGCCUUUCCACUGUUUAGCGAGCCAAGCGGGGAGCAACAGUCCUUACAGGAGAUUGUUCAAAUUCUGCCAAACUUGGAGGCCGUCAGAUUCAGUCUCCCAUCGAAUUCGUUUCUUGAAACCUUCCGCGGUGAGUUGGACGGUCUUGAGUCGCUUGUCCUCCGCCAUAAGUCUGGAUUUUGGGGCGACGAAGAGACGUUGUGUGCCUUUGAUGCAACUGCGGAAGAACUACGACAAAAUUAUACCUCCUUCAUUGCCGCGCUUCCGCCGUUGCACGAAUUGAGCAUCAGUGGCAUGGGUCGACCGCUCAAUAUGACACCCAUCUUGGAGACCCACGGCGCCAGUCUGGAAAAACUAAGUAUUCACGAGUUUGAACAUGACUGUAGAUAUGAAACCGGAAACGCUACCUGGGUACGGUCAGUUUUGAGUGUAUCAGAGGUAGAGCAAAUCGUUCUCUCAGCUCCCAACCUCAAAGAGCUUACACUGGAUGUAUACCGAAGCUCCAAUAAAUGGCCCACUUCUAUGCUCAAGACACUUUCCAAGUUUCCUCAUCUUGCCCGACUCACUAUGAACUUUAAUCUAGAGGAUCCCAGCACGUCCAAAUAUGCAGAGCUGUGCCUUGUGAACGAACAGGCUCGUGACGAAUAUUGCACCAUUCACGGGCUCAUGGAACCACAGCUAAAUUACACGACAGCAAGCGAGAUAUUCCACACCAUACGGCAAUAUCAAGCUGACACCAAACUCCGACACGUUACAAUUUCUGCUGGUGACUUUGGAAGGCGGAGUCCCAUUCUCGAUAUUAAUGGGGAACGGCUGUACGACCAAGAAUACGAGAGCAUCUUGCAUGCAAUAGUUCGCUGCAACGAUGUGGCGAAUUUAAAUUGUUAUAUAAAGCAAAGACCCUUGGAUGGAAUUGCUCCGUGCGACUCCUACCCAUACGACCCGAUCUACGUUGCUGCUCAGUCUGGGAGCACCGAUUCUCUGCGAGUGCUUCUUGAUCUCUAUGAAGCUGAAUAUUUGCAAAUCUAUGCUUCCAAUAAAAAUGGCAGUGAACUCUCACUUUUGAAUGCCGCAUGUGCAAAUGGUGAACUUGAGACAGUGAGAUUCUUGCUAGAUCGCGAUCCCCCGCUUGGAACCGCCUAUGCUGGGGACCGCGAUGGAGGUCAAGCGUUGGUGUACGCAGGAAUGUCACUGGAAGUACCAAGGGCUUUCGAUAACGAGAGAGAUAAUGAUACGAGCAAGGGCGAUUUCAAUCAAUGCAUUGCGGAGAGCGAGGAUAUGCUACGCCUGCUUCUUGACAGAGGUGCUUGUGUUCGCAAUGCUAUUGACAUUAUCUCUUUGAAUCAUGGGCACAAAGAAGAACUCCGAAAGCUGCCACAAAGCCAACAGCCAAUUGUAACUGUGCUUGGUCAGGCAGUCUCCCGGGCCAGUCAUGAACUGAUCUCCCGCCUGAUUGCUGAAGGGGCAGACGUCCAUCAGCGACAGGCAAUAGAAUCUAACCGGGUUUUUUGCAUUAUGGACAUCACUGCGCUGCAUAUUGGAAGCGGCUAUUGGAAUGCAGCUGGAAUAAAAGCAUUAUUCGACAAUUGUGGCGGAGAAUUUCCUCUUGUCUCAUUAUUCAUGACGACUCACCCUUCCGACCCAAAAUCUCUCCUCCCUGCAACGAUGCCUGCCAACCCCGAGGCUCAUCCUGACCAGGAGCAGCACAUUCCACUAUAUCGAGGUUCCUGUCAUUGCGGCUUUGUCAGCUAUGAAGCGCGCAUCAACUUUAAAGAACCCACAGCCGAAGAGCCGGACUAUGUGCUCUGCAAGUGCAACUGUAGCUACUGCCACAAAGCCGGAUUGUUAAUUGCGAAUCCGUUAGAAGAGUCAUUUCGGCUGCUGACGCCAGUGGAAAGCGGCGACGAGAAGCUGAGCCUUCCUGUGUACAAGUUCGGGUCUGGUGCUGUUUCGCACCCCUUCUGUCCUCGCUGUGGUGUGACAUGCUACUAUUAUGGUUCUUACAAGACAGAUGAAGGCAAGAUCAUCUCAUUUACGCGGGUUAAUGUGCAUACUAUUGAUGGACGAGUGGAUGGGACACAGAUGGAGAGCCUAAAAGAAAUCAAGACUAAGUACUGGGAUGGGAAGACCAAUGGCUGGGACAAGGGUGCAAGUGAGGAGCCGUGGGAUGGAGGCGUGUGGUAA